UUGGAGUAUUCAAAACCUGAGAGAAGUGCCUGUUUUCAACUUUUUACACAUACUGAGUAUUAGUUCUUUAGAGAGCACAAGACUACUGCUUUGAAUUCUAAAAAAAAACUUAAAAAACGGCUAUAGACCAACCUGUCUAAUUGACAAAUAUAUUAUAGGCUACAGAACACAUUUUCAUGGUGCUCUCUUUAUUUGCUCCUACUGGAGUAAGGAAAAGGUGUUCGUAACCAGUGCUGGAUGUCACCUCCAGUUCCAAUGGAUUAUAACCAGGCCAUGGCUCCUCCAGUGCCGCCGCACAAGCCCAAAACGACCCGGCCACUCGAGGCUCAGGAGCGGGUGUUGAAGUGCGUACUGCUCGGCGAUGGAGCGGUUGGGAAGACCAGCCUAGUUGUCAGCUACACAACGAAUGGCUAUCCAACGAAGUACGUCCCCACUGCGUUUGAUGACUUUUCAGCGGUGGUGCAGGUGGAUGGACACCCUGUGAGGCUACAGCUCUGUGACACUGCUGGACAGGAUGAAUUCGAUAAGCUCCGUCACUUCUGCUACUCGCGCACCGACGCCCUCCUCCUCUGCUUCAGCGUGGUCAGCCCUGCCUCCUUCCAGAACGUCUGGGAGAAGUGGGUCCCAGAGAUCCGCCGGCGCUGCCCGCUCACGCCCAUGCUGCUGGUGGGAACCCAGUGUGACCUGCGCGAGGACGUCAAGGUGCUGAUCGAGCUGGCCCGGCGGAGGGAGAGGCCCGUGGCCGAGGUGGACGCCCGCGCCCUGGCGGACAAAGUGGGCGCCGUGGCGUACGUGGAGUGCUCGGCGCUCACCCAGAAGAACCUGAAGGAGGUGUUUGACGCGGCCAUCGCCGUGGGGAUGAAGCACGCCGAUAGGAGGGCGCGGCGGGAGAGGAAGGUGCGCAGCACGGCCGAUAAGAUGAAGACACUGUCCAAGUCGUGGUGGAAGAAGUACGUCUGUAUCCAGUAGAGAGAGAAAGCGGAGAGGGAUAUCGACUAGGACUAUGAAACUGGGACUGGAAACGUGUUCAGAUGAGCCUAUGUUGUUCAUAUAGAUUGAAGGACUUCUGUCUUAGCUCCUCUCAGAUGACCCCACAUUUUCAAAAUUACUGGGAACUUUCAAUAAAUCCCCUGGUUUUCCCGAAAUCCCAUUUGGAAGAUUCCCGAAAUCAGAAGGGAAUAAGCAGAAUCUUCCAAUUAGGAUUUUUGGAAAACCAGGGAAUUUCUUAAAAGCUCUGCAGGGAAUUCUGCAACCCUAGUCAAAAUGAAUGGAGUGAGGGAAUGUACUGGGGAGUGAGAGUGUCUCAAGUUGGAGGAGAUCCACUGAUUGGUUGAUUGCAAAGAGACUGACAGGACUGCGCUCCAACCACUCCCUGUCUGCUUGAGCUGGUCUGAACUCUAACCUUUGAGCAGAGUGCUAUCACAGAAGAUCAAGGAGUAAAACCAUCAACACGAUUGACAAUGCAAUGGAGCAAAGAGCGAGUUGAACUCAGAGCAAUAAGGACUUUUAUAUGAACUGAUGGGUGGGGAGGGGAAAAGACUGGGAUGUACUCUUAUACGUCACCCUUUAAAAAUGAUUUAAAUACUGUAUCAUGAUGUGCUGCAUAAAGUAGGUAUCCCCCCCCCCAUCAUCAUACCUGAUAUAUGUUCACAUCUUUUAUGCGAUCCACAUGACUCUGUAAUCAAACAGCCGAUAGAUCUCAUUGGUAGAGCAAGACGGAAACAAACUGAGGGACUAACAUGGCAUUCAACUCAAACUCAAACCAAAUGGCACUAUGAUGCGAAUACAGCUACAAUACAUUCAUAUCUACAAUCGUACCAAUUGCAUUUACAGACAAGACUUUAGGGGUAUUGAUAAGGGACUUUUCCACCGAUUCCACCUGGCCCUAGUCAUCACUGUCAGCAGCAUGACCUGGCCCCAUGGUCCUCUGGUGGUGGUCACUCUGUCAUUGCCAGUAAAAGCCAGGGGGUGGAGGGUUAAGCCUGGUGUGUGUGCGUGUGUUUAGGGGGUGCAUAUUUAUGUGUGUGUUUAACCACAUGACUGUCUGAGGUCCCUAGCCCAGGUUGUGUCUGUCUGUCUGUCUGUCUGUCUGUCUGUCUGUCUGUCUGUCUGUCUGUCUGUCUGUCUGUCUGUCUGUCUGUCUGUCUGUCUGUCUGUCUGUCUGUCUGUCUGUCUGUCUGUCUGUC